ACACAUUCCCACUUUAGGAUGAUCCACUGUGCUCUGCUGCCUGGACUCAGGUUGAUUCAAAACACUCAAGAAAAUUAAGUUUGCACAUCGUCAUGAUGAAAGCAACAAGUCCCUCCAGUGCUCCCAGGAUACAUUGGGGAUUAGUCGGGGUUUUUGUUUUCUGCUUCAACUUGGCAGCAUAUUUUGCAGCCAACAAUGACGUGGCUCUGCAGACCAAGUUCUGGGUGUCUGCAAACUGUGGAGAAACUGUGAACCUAAUGUGCAACGCCACCGCACCACAGCCGUGGAACAUCGACAUCAAAAAGUUUUUCUGGCAGUUUGAAAACAAAACGUGUGAGUACGGGCAAAACCCCACGGACAGCGAGUUUUGGUGCGGAAGCACCAACACCACGUUCAGCCGCACCAUCACUCUGACCCUGCGGAACGUCACGCCUGCCGAUGAGGGGAAAUACCUCUGCAAGCUCCACUCAACGAUGGGAUCAUGGAAUAACGGAAGCCAGCUGAGAAUAGAAGGUUGUGUGGGAAAGUCUGAAACCUCCAAGAAUGACUCGUAUGUCAAGUGUUCGUUUGAAGGGGUUUACCCCAGCGGGGUGGUUCACUGGUUCUGGGGAAACAAGAACCUAACAGAUGUUGCCAGCGUGACGGAAACGAAGGACAAACAAAAUCGUUUCAACAUUCGAAGCACAAUAAAGCUGAGGGAAGGACACCAGAGAGAGCCUUACAACUGCUCACUGUGGAGCCCUUCUCUUGGCAGGUAUCUCGUCACUCUGAACUCAGGGUGUUUAAUCAAACUUCAGUGGAUCUGUGUUGUUGUCAUGGUGGUGGUAAGUUUAGUGAUGUAAGAGUUUUGACAUAAUGGUCAGAAUGAACAUGAGCAACCAACUAAGGGAGGAGCGGGAUUCUUAAAAGCCUCUCUUUUUUUGUAAAUAUUGUCUAAUAGUGUUGUUGUGAGGAAAUCAUGUUUUUUUUUCCUCAUUAGAAACUGAAACUGAAAAAGAAAAAUAUCUGCAUCCUAAAAUGAUUUUUGAAACCAUUUUCUACCACUUGAUGGCAGCACAGUGUUGUCAAAACUGAUGCAAACUAAGCUGAAAAUGAAAGCCUUUCUGUUCAAGAAGUUAGAUUUAUUGCUUUUUUUGUUAAAGUGAGGAUUUCUGGAUCUUUGAUUUUCAUCGUAACUCUUCAACAGGCAGGAAAAAUAAUUACCAUUUCUUUAUUUGGAGGCCAAACGUAUAGGACUGAA